GAGUCAUGUGGUUAAGUGAAUGGUUGUUGAUAUACACAAUGUAUUGAAUACUGUAUUGUAUUGUAUUGUAUAUACACUACUCGUCACUCAGUCUGAGCCUAACAUUGCUCUCAAACAGUGCUAUAAACUGUAUAACUGACUACUUGUGCUGUUUUUGUUGAAAUGAUUAGACCAACUGAUGGUCACAACCGAUGAAUAGUGAUUAUCAUGUGUUUGUCGAUGAGGUGGUGGUUGUUGUCGAUGAUUGUUAGCUAUAGAUAAUGAUUAUAAUGACAAUACAAGUAAUGGUUCCAAAGCUUGUAAACACUGGACUCACGCUAUACUUGUUUACAGUCAUCUCAUUGACGAUCGUAACCAAUGGCAAUCAAUUGGAUGCAAACUCAGGGACUGAUGAGUUAUUGAUCACUACUUUUACGGACAUACAAAAUGAAACGCCACAAAAUGUAACGGUUGAGUCUUCCGGUGCCACCAGUGUUAUCAUUAGGUGGGAACCACCGGUCAAAGAGCUUACAAAUCCAGUGACAGGAUAUAAAAUUAGAUAUCGAAUUAAAGGCAAUAAAAAAGUCGAUACCGUUACCACUGAUGGCAAUAGACGUCUAUAUGAAAUUACAAAUCUGGAUAAAGGAGUUACAUAUAAUGUUAAAAUAGCUGCUAUUAUGACCAAUGGGACGGGACCCGCAUCUGAGUGGUUAUCAGUUGAGACAUUUACCAAUGAUUUGGAUGAGACGCAAGUUCCAGAUAAACCGGUCAAUUUACGAGCAAAACCCAAUGCUAAUGCAAUAUUUGUGAGUUGGGCGCCUCCUAAAAACCAAAAUAUUAUUAUUCGCGGCUAUACUAUUGGAUGGGGUGUUGGCUUUCCUGAUGUUUACACUAAAGUGUUGGAUGGAAAGCAACGAUCGUUUACGAUUGAUAAUCUUCAGGCAUCUUCAGAAUAUGUAAUUAGUUUGCGGGCAUUCAAUCAAGUUGGCGAUGGACAGCCUAUUUAUGAGACAGUCAAGACAUUGAUAGAAUCGGGUCCUGAGUCGAGUCAACUGCCAAUGUUACCUCCCGUCGGCUUAAAAGCUAUAGUACUUUCGUCGACAACUAUUAUUCUUUACUGGACUGACACUACACUCGCCCGCAAUCAAGUGGUAACCGAUAACCGACGUUAUUUAGUUCGGUACACAAAUAAUAUUCACUCAAAUAAUCCAAAAUACAAGUAUUACAAUACAACUGAUCUCAAUUGUAUGAUCGAUGAUUUAAAGCCCAAUACUCAGUAUGAGUUUGCGGUCAAAGUAGCUAAGAAUCGUCGUGAGAGCACUUGGAGUAUGAGUGUACUCAAUACAACACAAGAAUCGGCUCCAUCCUCACCACCGAGAGAUUUAACAGUUGUCGUCUCUACUAAUGAUGAUCCGACUGUCAUUAACCUUCAUUGGCAGCCACCUAAACAACCUAAUGGACAAAUCACCGGUUAUGUCAUAUUUUACACGACUGAUAAUACACAACGAGAUAGAGAUUGGGUCGUUGAAGGAGUUAUCGGAGACAAAAUGACUACAGUCUUGAAGGGAUUAUUACCCGAUUCUUCUUAUUAUUUCAAAAUACAGGCGCGAAAUAACAAGGGUUACGGUCCUCUGUCUUCAGAAGUUUCAUUUAAAACACUUCAAGCACUACCCGAUUCACUUGGAUCGCGAUAUAAUGAUGGUCGCAAUAUAUCGACAAAUACAUUAUACAUCAUAAUAGGUGUUAUUUCUGUCAUUUCAUUACUGCUACUUAUAGUUGUCGGCACUUUGCUCUGCCGAUCCAAGAACUCUGCCGGAGUUAUGAAUGCAAUGCGCAAACAUAAAGGUUAUAUGGCUGCAGCUACCAGUCCAACGAGCAAAGGUGCAGCUGCUAAGGGUAAAGGAGGUCGCGAAUUAAAACCUCCAGAUUUAUGGAUUCAUCACAACGAAGCUCUCGAAUUAAAAGCAAUGGAUAAAAAUGAUUCAAUGAGUUCAACACCUAUGCAAAGGAAUCCACAAUCGAUGGACAUCGAUGUCAUUGAGAACUCGAAGAAGUCAUCCACUUAUAAUGACUCACUAUAUGAUGAUCUCAAUAAAGACUUGAAGAGAUCAAGUUCGCCAAUUGAUUCAACUAUAAUAGUGAGCGGAACUUCAACUACUGGGCGGCGCACGGGUCGCGCCAAACCUAUUUCAAUACCUGUUGAACAAAAUCCUACUUCAAAUGGAGUCAUAAGUUUGGAACCUUCAACGGGACUCUCGCGACCACUUUUCCCGCGCACACAAUUUAAUUCGCGCGCACACGUAACACUUGACUCCAUGGACAAUACCUCGGGUGUCAAUACUUCAGUUCAUCAUUUGUAUGAUCCGGUGGCAUCUCCUUCACUACAUAUGGGUGUUGGUUCGGCAGCCAAUGGACCGCAGUUGCAUACGGUCUCAAUCUCUUGUGCAUCAAAUCAAGUCAUUUCAAAUGCUAGUCCUUCUGUUAAUAAUUAUAGUUUAGGCAAAAGACAGUCCAGCCAUCCAUUAAAGAGCUUUAGCGUUCCGGCGCCUCCUCCGCCUCCACUAUCAACACCUCCACCGCCAACAAACGCCAACAUGGUCAGACCUCAAUUUAUCCAGAGUCCUAAUAAAAAGACGGCCAUCAAUGGUAUUAUUUCUUCACAUAAAGGAAUAAAUGCAUUGACACACAACAGAACAACAGAAAUGCUCAAAAAGGAUGAGUUAACUCCGUCUUAUAGUACUGAAGAACUCAACCAAGAGAUGGCUAACUUAGAAGGACUUAUGAAGGACUUGAGUGCUAUCACAGCUAAAGAGUUUGAGUGUUGAGUGAUUAGUCAAUCAACUCAUGAGUCAAUCAAAUGUUGCCAUUAGUUUUUGUUUGACAUUUUGAGCUCAAUUUUCAUAUUUUUCUAUCAAUCAGUCAAAUGAUUUAGAAUUGUGUUUGAAUUAUCGUUUUUGUAAUUAUUUUAACAGCAUUUAUAUAUUAUUAUAAUACGAAUCUCAAGAAUUAUUGUAUUUAUAAUUUUUAACGAUUUAACUAUUUUAUUGAUUUUUAAAAUUAUUUAAUUAUUUAUAUUUUAUUUACUUUUAGCUAAUUCAGAUAAGACUA